CCGAUCGCACUAACAGGAGCGCGCACGUGGCUGUCAGCAGAAGGAAAUGCAGGCGAUUUGUGCUAAAUGUCUAACAGCACCACGACCACACUGAUUGUGAAGGACAGUUUGGAAGAAAGGAAUACCAUUUGGUCGUAAAAUGAUAUACAUUUGUAAGAUGUAAACUCUCUGCAGUUAUGUCAGAGAGUAACCCAAACAGACAGCUAGGUUAACAACACUCGCCUAACAUCAUUAGCUAGCAAGCUAACUAACUAGCUAGUUUUGGGGGACAUUGCGCCUCCUAACCUGCUCAGCCGUUGUCUAUUUAUUUUCCCUUUGUUGCCUGGACAGUCCAGCUUCUCAUUGUCGUGCUUUCAUUGAACGGAGGAGCUUAGCGGACCGGAACUGUGGGGGGCCCGCGGACAAACCCCCUGCCCUGGGCGUCCAGGCGGACGGAUCACGUAGACACGCGGGCCGUGGGAGAAAAUAAGGAGGCGCCAUGGCCGAAAUCUCCGCCCUAAUCCCCUCACCUCCAGCUAUAGGUGACACACAUGCUGCCCCCUCCUUCCCCAUACCCUCUACUGCCCCCCCUCCUCCCAGCAGCACCACCCCAGAGCCCCCUAAGGAGAACCCAAUCCCCAAGUCCUCUCUGUACCGUGACAAAGCUUCUCUGACAUUAACUGUACCAGGAGAGACGCUUCCUUCUCACCCUCCUUCUCCCAAGUCUCCCAAGAGAGGGGGGAGAGGACCUCCACCGAGUCCCCCCAAACGCGUCUCAUCAGCGUUAACUCCAGAGACUCCAGUGCCCCCACCUCUAAUACCCCCAGAGAGACCUGCCCCCUUACCUGUAAUAGCCCUAGAUACUCCUGCCAUCCCACCUGUAGAUGUAGUAUUGUGGCAGAGGGAGGGAGUGAAGGAGACAUACAUGGGGGCAGGGGCCAGCCCAGUGUUGGCUGUAAAACAGGAAGUGAGUAACCCAGGGGGCAAGGAGCUGUUGAAUGCCCUUAGAGGGCCCUACACAGGCCCACAGUGAGCAAGAGGUACAGGGGGUAACACAGCAGACUACCAGCCCCUCCUCCUGUCUUAAUCUCACCCCUAAUCUCUACCCCAGUGUUCAUGUCACUGUGAACACUAAUCCUGCUACUGAUUAUGCUCAGCCUCAGUCUAUGGUGGAAUCUCCCCCUCCUCCUGCCCCCACUUACACUCCCCCUCCUCCUGCCCCCACUUACACUCCCCCUCCUCCAGACUCCACCCAAGCAGCUGCAGCCCCUGAAGCACAAAAUCGUCAGCCACCAGAAGAAAGCCAAAACCCUCCCACACUGGACACCCCCAGCCUGUCUCCCAUACCUGAGACCUCAAGCCAAUCUCCCAGAAGGGCAGAGCUACCCAACACCCCCUCCAGAGCAGGGCACACCAGCCCCCCAGUGAUCCAGGAACCUCUCUCCCUGCCCUACCCCAGAGCCCCAGCCCCAGACACCCUCAGCUACUUGGAGUCAGCCAGCAUGAUGUCAGGGACCCUGGAGUCUCUGUCUGGCCUGGGGGAGGAUGGAAGCUCCAUCGGGUCAGACUCAGAGAUCAACGGCCUGGCUGUCAGGCGCACUGACAAAUAUGGCUUCCUCGGCGGGACCCAGUACAGCGAGGGCAGGUGGGCAUGUGAUAAGGACAUCAGAGUUGAUGUAGCACGGCAGAGAGAGCUGAAAUGGCUGGACAUGUUCAACAAUUGGGACAAAUGGGUCUCAAGACGCUUCCAAAAGGUGAAGUUGCGCUGUAGGAAGGGGAUCCCCUCUUCUCUCAGGGCUAAAGCCUGGCAGCUGCUCUCCAACAGCAAGGAGCUCCUGGACUCCAACCCCGGCAAGUUUGAGGAGUUGGAGAGGGAGCAGGGAGACCCUAAAUGGUUGGACAUUAUAGAGAAGGACCUGCAUAGACAGUUCCCCUUCCAUGAGAUGUUUGCUGCUCGCGGUGGACACGGGCAGCAGGAUCUGUACCGGGUACUGAAAGCCUACACAGUGUACAGACCUGAAGAGGGAUACUGCCAGGCCCAGGCCCCGGUGGCUGCUGUCCUGCUCAUGCACAUGCCUGCAGAGCAUGCCUUCUGGUGUCUGGUGCAGAUCUGUGAGACGUACCUGCCUGGAUAUUAUAGUGCUGGAUUGGAAGCAAUCCAGUUGGAUGGAGAGAUCUUCUUCUCUCUGCUACGUCGUGUCUGUCCCAUGGCCUACCGUCACCUGAAGAAGUUUAAGAUAGACCCCAUUCUCUACAUGACCGAGUGGUUCAUGUGUGUCUUCUCACGCACCCUGCCGUGGUCCUGUGUGCUACGUGUGUGGGACAUGUUCUUCUGUGAGGGAGUGAAGAUAGUGUUCCGUGUGGGCCUGGUGCUGCUCAAGCAGAUGCUUGGCUCGGUAGAUAAACUGCGGGAGGUCCAGGGCAUGUACGAAACCAUGGAGCGCCUCCGGAACAUCCCACCUGAGUCUGUCAGAGAGGACCUAUUGGUGCAGGAGGUGGUGUCCCUGGCAGUGACCGAGGCUCUGAUCGAGAGGGAGUGCAGUAUUCAGGUAAGGAAGUGGAGGGAGUCCAGGGGCGAACUGACCCACCAGCCUGUCCGAAGGCUCCACGGGACACGGGACAUCCACGAGCACAAGCGUCGGGCCUCCGCCAUCAGCUCCGGGGGUAGCUUCUCCUUCCUGGGGUCCAUCCCCCCUCCAGGGCCCCUCAGGGCCUCCUCCAGCCUGCUCUCCCUCCCCGGCUUCCGCAAGUCCAAAACCCCCUUUCGUUCUCAGAAGAUGGGCUCCUUCUCUGGGGCCUCUGGGAUGGAGGCCAUGCAGCGACAGAACCCCUCAGCGGCAGCUUCAAGCCCACCCAGAGGCCCUGCCCACAAACCACCCAUGUCUAGUGGCUCUGUAGCUAGGGCGCCUGCCUCUCAGAGUCCUUUGGUUGGGUCUGGUCCAGGCCCCUCUUCUGGCCCAGCCCAGACCUCAGCACAGAGCCAGCCUGGUGCAUCAGCCCCAGUACACCAUACACCACCAAACACCCUCUCCCCCAAAGUUACUUCUGAGCAGAUCACACCCACCAUCCCAUCACCCACCGCUAACAACACGCCUCUGCCCCCGUUCCCAGACGGAGGGAGAGGAGGAGGCGCAGCAGCAGCUACAGGAGGAGAGGAUGACAGGAAGACGAAGAGGAGCAAGGAAGACAAGAAGAAAGAGAAGGAGGAGGAGAAGAGGAAAGAGAAGGAGAAGAAGAAGGACAAAGCAGACAAGGAGAGCCAGAAGAAGGAGAAGGAGCGGGCAGAGAAGGAGAAGAAAAAGGAGAAGGGGGGGAAGAAAAAGGACAGAGGGGGAGGAGAGGCAGAGGAGAAGAAUGGAGCCACAGCACCAAGAGAUUCUGCCUAGUUUCUCCUGUUUUCCUUCAGAAAGAAAACGGAGAAGGAAAAAAUGAGGACAUGGAAACAAAAGACCCCCAGAAGUAGAACGAGAGAGAGAAAAGGAGAAGGCCUCCUGUAUAGUGCAUCUUGAGGACUACAUAUAGUCAGGAGACAUCUGGAUCAUGGUUUUAUUAGCACCCCGGGGGUCAUACAACCCCCCAUGCUUUCUUCAUCAAUGAGUUUGAAUAAUUAAGAUGGGACACGUUUCCUUUUGCAACUGGAGAAUUGUCUGUGUGGUUCACUAUGGAUCUCCCAAGAUCACACAACUGUUUUCUCAUUUAGUUUAUUAUUUUAUUUAGUUUUUAUCAGACUAUAGCCGGUGGACAGACAAGCCGUUGGACAUAGAGUAGGUGGGAGUUAUAGAUUGGGUGUAAAUAGAACAUCCUAAAUCCAUGUAGGACCCUUGAGUCGUUCCCCAUAAUGCCCUGUCGUGUUCAGUUUGUGGUCAGAUGUCCAACCGGAAUGCCUGCAGAUAAAAGUAAACAAUUAAAAAAAUAUCUCAAACCCAGGCACUGAAGAGCGUGAUUGCUGGUAGUACUCUGGUAUUUGGAUGUCUGGGAGGACCUAUUUAUUGUAGUGUUAAGUGUUGUGUGAGUGUGUGCCUUAGUAGCGUAGUGAGCUGAGUUACCGUUCAAUAUUGCCACCCAUUUUCUCUGAUCUUUCUCUCAUGUCUUUGUCUUCUUUUUUGAGUUGCUUGUUUUCUCCCCCCUUUCUCUCAUCUCUUGAUCUCUAGUCCUCUGACCAGUGACUAAAGGUAAAUGGAGAGAUGUACACUGCGAUAGGGAGGGUUUGUAAGGAGAGGGAGAAAUGAACAUGACAUUCUGAGCCUUGACAGACAGACAUGCAUGGAUCAGGGUGGCACCUCCCUAACAACACGGUGUGAUUUAAUUUUAGAAUGUACUUUUUUUUUGUCUUUUCAAGUUUCUCUUGAGUGUGUUUAUAGUGGGAGAUGAUAAUAGAUACUGGUAGUUUAGCGAGGGAGGGUCCUUCUGUAUUCAAUGACAACUCUGAAUCUGCCCGUCAGACCAAAUGUCCAUCUAUUAUUUUUCUUCUUGUGAUAAAUUAAAUAAUAUAUAUUUUAUUUAGCCAAAUAGUAAUAAGGGUGAGGCUUUUAGUAAAUUAACCCAUUGGAAUGUGAUCUAUUUAGAGUGAUUUGAGAAACUUAAGUUGGCCACUCCUGUUUGGUAGGUAGGUAGGUUGUUGAAUCUCAUCUGGAUAGUUCAUACAGAAUGAUAGAGGCCUCUAGUGGCCAAAGGGCUGUUUUAGCAUGAGCAGGGCCAUGAGGGCUUCCACCAUUUGAAUGUAGUCAACAUGGUGGGACUUCCAACUUCAUUGACUGAUCCCUACUGGUGAUCCUGUUGGAGUUGUGCAACCAGGACAUCAGGAGGGAUUAGCCAAUCGGGAAGAAGAAAAUUGACUACUUUGAAAUGGAGAUUGCCUCAAUGAAGCUGUCACAGAUGCUAUAAUGGCACAGAUACAAUGAUGAGGCCUAUUUCCAUCUCUAUGGGAUAGUUUCACCUCGUACACCUGCGCCUAUAGGACCCAUAGGAAGCCACUUGGUGCUGGGCGGGUCAGGCUUGCCAAUGUAGCAUUAACCUCUGAACUCUGACCUUCGGGCUAUGAUGUAUUUAUGUACAAAGUUGGUUAAUUUAAUCAGAUAUUAUAUAUGUAUUCUUUAUUUUGGAUCUGACUGCUAUUUUUCUAUGCGAGUAAAGUACACCUGGUUAACUGGAAGGAUGGCUGGUGAUGUGAAGCCCAGUUUGAGGAUAAUGUUAAGUAUUGUUUUUUUUUUAGAUACUGGUAUGGCUGUUUUGAUUUCAUUAUUGCACAUUUGUCCUCAUCUUCUAAGAUAACAAAUCCUGUUUAUGUCAUUUCAUAUUUCAAGUUUACUGUGGUAGCUAUAGAUAAUGUUAGGUCCACAAUUCUCCAUUUACCUUAUUACAGUAUUAAACCUGACAGUGGUUGAAGAACAGGGGAAUGACCAUCAACUAAGAUUCACAUGAGUAUUUUAGAUAUGACAUAAUUUGAGUGAGCCGAAGGUCAUAAAGUACUGUAUAAGAAACUGGGAGGCAUUUAGUCAACUCUGACAAGGGUUGUAAAUUGAAGAUAUGAAGUUGUCUGUCUUUGCUAGUAUGUUGUAACCAACCACCAUGAUGAUGUUUUAAUAACUCCCUAACCCACUCACACAGUGUUAUGUAAAGUAUCUAUACUGUACAUUAGAUGGAUAGUGUCGGUUAGUUACUGUAACACCAUUCCUUGGUGGAACCCGUUGAUUCUCAACACUGAUUCUCUGUACUGUUUUUGUAGGAGAGGAGGGUCUUUAGUGUAAUCGUAGCCAAAAUGUCCUUUUUGUCCACUUUGUCUUUUUUCCCAACUAGUGUUAUUUUUUUAAGCCUCUGCUUUCCCCCUUCUUCCUCCACAUUUUGCUUCGUCUUCUCAGAAUCACUUGGAUCGGAGUAGAGUCGGCGAAGAUGACUUGAACAUGUUUAUGCAAACCUUACUGUUCACAAAGCAUGUUGUCAAAUAGCAGCACUGACGGCCAGCAAUGCUACUGCUGAGAUCAGUAGUUUUCAUGGUAAUAAUUAGAAGUUGGAGAACCCUGAGAAUGCUACAGAACCAAUCUGGAUAGAGCAAUAUUUAUCCAAGCAGGCCCUGGUUUCAUCCAAUUGGGUAGGCUCCUUAAGGUCCUCAAUUCUAUGUUGAGUCAUCAAGAGGUCGUGACAGUCAUCCUGUCAUUGCUCCCAAAUUGAUCAGUCCUCACGCAUGAAAUAGCCAGGAUGAGUCAACAGAGACAUUUAGGUCCUGAGUGGAUUUCUGCAUUGGUCCUGAAAUCCUUGAGCUUGAUUGCUUUUAAUCGGGAGUGUCCCACUGAUUAGAUUUUUUAAAAGGUUGUUGCUGUUAUGUUUUUCUAUUUUGUCAUGGUUUCUCCCCAACUGUAUGUCUUUUGUUGUUUUAAGUUUACAUGGAACUGUUAUUGGUGGGAAAAAUAAAAUCCUAGAUAAUGAAAUGCAUUCCUUACCUGCAGAAAAUCUACACAAUGUAUUUCAUUAAUAAUGAUAAUGACAGUUGUGAUGAAUAAUAAACCAUAAUAUAUUAAAGAA